GAGAACAAAGAUCCAUAUUCCGAAGAGAUUUCCGUUUCUUUCUCCACAAGAACAUUGUUAGGCGCGUUCUAUCCACGCUCUUCAACGGUCCACCCCCUCCCUUCAAUCACUUCUCCACACGCUUCUCCUUUCCUUCACCUCUCUCUCUCUCUCUCUCUCUCUCUCUCUCUCUCCAUUCAAAGGGUUUUAGGCGCUUUUCGUUUCCUUGUGUUUAUCUUAAACCCUUCCUAGGGUUUCACCGAUUCCAAAACCCCUAAUUUCAUUACCAUGCAAUUUUCCAUCGACCAACAACUAUGAUUGAAAAUAUCAAUACCAAGAAACAGAAGAAGGGUUCAAUCAGUGAGGAAGAUAUCUCUACUCUUUUACAAAGGUAUCCAGCAACUACUGUUUUGGCACUGUUGCAAGAAGUGGCGCAAUUCCCUGAUGCAAAGUUGGACUGGAAUGCUUUAGUCAAUAAGACUUCUACUGGCAUUUCUAAUGCGAGGGAAUACCAGAUGUUAUGGCGCCAUUUAGCCUACCGGGACAAUUUGCUUGAAAAAUUGGAGGAUGAGGCUGAACCCUUGGACGAUGAUAGUGACUUAGAAUAUGAAUUGGAACCUUACCCUUCUGUUAGUAGUGAAACUUCAGCAGAGGCUGCAGCAUGUGUGAAGGUACUGAUUGCUUCUGGUUUGCCAAAUGACUCGAGCGGUGCAAAAAGCUCGAUGGUAAAUGCUCCAUUAACAAUAAAUAUACCUAAUGUGAGGUCAUCUAGAGUGUCUUCAGAAAAUUUGCAGCCCACUUGCUCAAAGCUAGGGAUGAACAUUACUGUUCCAGUUUCUGUUCAAAAAAAGAUUCUGCCUGCAGUGCCAUCGACUGAAACAUUGGAAGGAAAUGGACCAGCUGGUGCAAACCUGCCAAAUCGCAGGAAAAGAAAACCUUGGUCAGAAGAAGAGGAUUUGGAGCUUAUUGCUGCUGUGCAGAAAUGUGGUACUGGGAAUUGGGCAAAUAUCUUACGAAGAGACUUCAAGGGAGAUAGGAGUGCUAACCAGCUGGCUCAGAGGUGGAGUGUUAUUAAGAAGCGAUUGGGCAACUUAAAUGUGGAAGGAAACUCAGUGAUUUCUGAGGCACAGUUGGCAACUCGUAAUGCUUUGUCCUUAGCCCUUCCUAUGCCAGAUAAAAAUUUAACAGGUGCUUGUUCAAAUAACCCUGGUUUGAAGACUGCAUCCUGCUCUGCGCCUCCAACUGCUAGCGGCCAAGCUUCAGUUCGAACCGAAAACCAGUUCCAACAUGGCCUCCUUGGUUCUGUUGAAACCCAAAAUCAGUCUCAAACUUCUGUCUCAUCCCAUAAUCGGCCUCAAUAUGGCCCGAAUACUUCUGUGCCCACCCAAAGUCCAUCCCAGCAAGAUCCUGUUGCUUCAGUCCAAGUCCCAAAUCAGUCUCAACAAGGUCUCAUGACUACACAAUCCUCAUCAUCUGGUUCUACUGUAAAGUCUCGGGUUACCUUGAAGAGAGUCCCGGCAAAACCUUUUUCCACCACAGGUUUGAUCCUAGAUGCCACUGCAGUUGCUGCUGGGGCCCGCAUUGGUAGCCCAAAGGCUGCUGCAUCGCUGCUGAAGGCUGCUCAGUCCAAAAAUGCUAUUCAUAUUAUGACUUCAGUAAAACUUGCAACACAAAGAGUUGAGCAUACUUCAUCUGUUUCUUCCUCACCAUUAAAUGCACCAAUUCAGCAAUUAAAUGCUGUUACAUCUGGUCCAACCAUUGAAGGUCCUCUGAAGGAAGAGCUGGAGGCAGCAAUAGAGAUUUCCGUGUCAGAAAGUUCGCCUAAAGAGCAGGUGUGGGAAAAUAGAGCAUGUGUUUCAAAAAAUGGACAAGGUGAGGGAGUUAAAGAUCAUAGAGAAGUCAAGCCAAAUCUGAAAUCCGAGUUGAAUCUUGAGGCUGUUACAGGACUUUCGAAUAAGAAAAUAAUGGUUAAAGGUGAUCAAGUAUAUGCCAAAGCAAACCUCGUUGAAGAGUGUGAAAAUGCCAAUGAUAGUAAGACUGAUUGUUCAUUGGUUAUAGAAAGUGCGAGUCAACCUACAGCUGAAGAGCAAUGCGGGGAUCAGAACAUUAUUGAGACAGCGGCUAAAGCUGCCAGCCCUUUAAAUGAUCCGCACCAAGAAUCUGGAGGUUUUGAGCACAGCAGAAACUGACCAAGCUACAUGGUGAGAGAUGACAUCUUGUUUGUUUAUAGUAAAAUAUCUGUCAAUUUUAGAUUUUUAUCCUGCUA